AUGAUAUUUGCCAAACUGUCGAAAUUCAUAGUCAGGAAAGUAGUGCCCGACACCAUCCCCUUCUUCAAGCGUUCCUCGCCAUUGAACUCCACAAAUAGCCAGAAAUCAGAUGUGCAAGUUUCGCAUUGGGCGGUGCAGCGCAGACUGUCGCUGUUGAAGUCGUCGCCGAGCUAUAAGCAGCGCCGCAGGCAAAGCUCAACGACGUCAGGGGAGAAGCUGGGAGGUGAAGCCGAGGUCAAGCGCAAGCGGCGCCAGAACAAGAGUCACGUGAGACAUGAACUGAGUGGCCACCACCAUCACCAUAAGAGCCAAGCAAAGCAUGAUGAAAUAGCCCACAAUAAACUAGACAAUAACAACAACAACAACACCUCCCAUGGCAACGACAACCGGAAAUUGGUUGAUUUGCAAAGUUUGCAAAAGAGACUCGCCAACACCAACAAGGCUGAAUGGCUUAUAAUUGCAAUCAUCCUGUUUUUGAUCUUGGUGGUCCAUGAACUUUGA